GCGCGAGUUGUUCGAUAAAAAUCAGUCGUUGACGAGGGGCUGUUUUGGCGUGGUCGUGAAAAGUCGUCUCAGUGAUCGUGAAAUACAUUAUUCUUCACCAGUGAAUAAAAUCAGUGACUAAUUAAACCACCAGUGGUUGCUGUUUUUCCAAGUGAUUAACCGAGCCACUCUCUCAGAACGUCUAAUAUCUGGUGACUCUUCGACAAACAUGCUUCUGAGGAAUCUAGGUUCACCAGAGUUAAAAAGUUUGUACAAAAAACAAGCCAAGAAGUAGUACCGCUUCGAUUUGACUGUGAGCCAUUGUAACGAGCGUCUAUGAGGUGUUAUAUGCUCAUCACGUUUCAAAUUGAAAAUGAAUCUUAUGCCAUUAUUUAUCAGACGUUGUAACUUGUAGUCUAAUCUUUUGGAUGUAUCUAUCAAGACCAAAGAGCAGUAGUCGAUGAUUGGAAUAACCAUUGCUGCGACCAACAAUUUCCGGGUUGAGAAGAAAGAGGAAUGAUAAAUGGUGGCAACAAGCAACAUGGUGUAUGAUGAGAUUGUGGGUGUUCGGGGCAGCUGACCCCAGCCCCCGCGCACUCUAUUUACGCGCGACAUGCCCCAUAAUUUAAAUAUUACGUCUGCGAACUCUGCUAAUUCCGGGCCUAACCAUCAGGCUUAUCCUCCACCUCAACCUUAUCAUAUUAAUGAUGGACUCCAACCUGAGAAAGAACCUGUUGAGUUUGAUGCAAGUCAUCUUCGAGGCGCACCAGCCGAGGUGGAGGCCUUGGUACACAAUAUUAAAGAAGUUGCUCAACAAUUUUUGUACCACUGGCGAACAUUUCCAAUUGUACUGCCACCACCACUAUCAGCCUGCACUGAUGGAGAAGAUACAUUGGUCCGGAAGAAGCAUCACUUGAGAGAUUUAUUCGUUGCACCGAGUUUCGACGAGCUUGAUGCCGUAGCCGUCGACAGCAAAGGAGAGCCGCGGAGGCUCACAAACAAGCAGCUAGAAAGUAUCCGAGAGCGAGGCUUGCACAAGGAUAAGUAUGGAAAGCCGAAGAAGCUUAAUGCCACUCAAUUGGAGAGCAUUCGGAGAUGCGGAGAAUUUGAGGUGGAUUCAAUAAAUUUCACGGGUCAAACACACCGAUGGCGACUCAGUGGACUUCUCCAGCGAGGCAGAGAUCGCAGAAGAGAGACUUUACUGAAAGAUUUAGCUUUGGCAACAAGAUUUAUUGUCGUUACUGCUAGAGCGCGACUAGUAUCUCAUUGUUUUAGUAUUUCACAAGCACUUAAAGCAUUGUUGACUGGAUUUUUAAGACUUCUGGAUAUAAUUAUUGGAGUACCGUCACUUCAAGCGCAAAAUUUAGAUGGUAAAAUUCGUGAAGAGAGAUGUCGUUAUCUUGUAGCAGAGUUAGUUUGUCGGCCUGAGUAUGACGAUUCACUGGAAUUACUUUGCGGUUUUAUACGCAAACAAUUACGAAGAGCGACGAUGGAAAAGUUUGAAGUGGAACGCGAAUCAUCGCAAUUGCUACCAGUCUCGGUGCCUUUUGUCUUUGGGACACCUGCCGGUACUGCUGUUGAUUUGAGAUUAUUUAGUCGUGACAUCAUUAGAAAAGCUUUAUCGACCCUGGUAACUAUAUUGGAACGCGAAACGCGUGGAUGGUUUUUACAUUUUCGCGAAAGACUUAUUUCGGAAUUACGAGCACAAAAAAAGAGCGACGAAGAAAUUGAACAGCAAGUAAAUGAAGCGGUAAUGCGAGAAUACCUCCAGCGAGUGUACUCGAGCAUACUUUCUCAUCCGGAUAUCUUGGCCCUAGGCGAUGGGAUAGCCCAGCUUUUGAUUGAACAAGCUCAAUCUGUGGUACUGAUGCACCGAGCGGUUCAAAAUGUCCAGCGAAAGUUGCAACAUACCAAGGAAUCUUUGCGUUAUAAAAUGGAAAGUGAACAUCCGGUUCUUGCGCGAAUAGGACCAUGGAUGCGAGACAGAAUGAGAGAAGCUGAGGCUAAUUUUAUUGAAGAAUGUGAAUGGAGCGCACACGAAGAAGCAUUGUCUUUGUGUAAUCGACAGAAUUUACGUCAAACUGUUUACUUCCUCAAUCGUGACUUGACAUUCAUGAAAGAGCGUGAACCAGUCUUACUAAAAGAGUUACGUAAAGUAAAAACACCAACACGUAAUUUCCAAUGGCCAACGCAAAUCUGGCUACCACGUAACUGGAUCGUAAGACGAAAUUUCCAAGGAGUGUCCGAAAUAAUCCCUACAGUUUUAAGCAACACGCCGACAUCGAUUACAACCCCUAGAGCAGAUCCUAGUCAGCCGGUCUUUUUGGUUGAACGAGAGAUUUGUCACACAACGACAACACGAUGGCCAAUGUGGCGGUGGAUAAACUACAUUGCCCGAACGUGGUGCUGGACGUGGAACGCAAUGUUUCUGUUUGGCGUAGCAGUACCCUGGUGCAGCCGUGUCUCGUUACGUGCGCUUCUACUGGUUGAGACCUUCACACCGGAUUUGGAGUUGAGCCAACUUAAUGGGACACUUUUUCCGCGAAAAUCCUCCCAAACACCGACGUUAUGUUCACGAUUGAUUGCACUUUGGCGGCAUAUCAGUAAAAGUCGGACCCACUUUGAGACUGAGCCUGACACUGGAUUUAUUGGAAAAGGAAUGACGAGACACAUAAAUAGACUCUGGAAUUAUGGAGUAAAAGGUCUUAUGGGAACUAUGGGUAUUCUCUUCCUCUUUCCCAUAAUCUGCAUUAUAGCGAGUUUCAGUUCACUCGUCAUCGCUCUUUCUGCGUUUUUAUGGAUGCCAAUAGUAACACUAUUACUGCAUGCAUUCAUGGCGCUGGUAAUGGAUCUCGACAGUCCAGAGCCAAGUAGAAAUCGAUAUUUAGUUGUAAUGGAAGCACUCGUGUGGAAUAUCGGUAUCCAGGGCUGUUUACAGCCUAUCGUCGCACUAUUAGUCGCCGUAUGUAUAUGUCCAAUAAUUUCGUUUUUGAUACUCACAAUUGCUGUGAUAAGAUACUGGAUACGAGUAAUGUGGGACACGGCAAUGUUCCAUCUUGUGAUUAAGAAUCGAGGACGUGUACCUGCAAGCGACAGUUUUGUUGUAAAGAGAAUAGCGGGCCCUGGACUAGCUUCAGACUAUUAUUAUCAAAUAAGACCAGAGCAAGCAUUAGCGGCUUUUGAAGCUAAACUUGAACUCGAUGAACUUCUGGCUUUCCAACAAGAAACUGAACGUCUUAUAACACAACCGCAACGUGACUUUACGCAGUUUGUUGAGGCGUGCUUCAGUCCAUUUGCCACUAGUUUGGCUAAAACUCGUGAUCCUUACAAGUCAUUGGAGAAAGAGGCGCGUGAUUUAGUUGCUGUGCUUCACGAAAAGCUAGAUCGCCGACGGAAGGAUUUGCAAACUGGUCUCGGGGUCGCUGUAAGAAGCAAGAUAAAGUUGACAACAUUUGAUCUUAAAAUUGUUAUACAGCAAGCUGCGUUGAUGCUUGAGCGACUGUAUCCAUCGCACGUGCUGGCACGUCUGAACGGUUGUGAAGAAGAUUUCUGGGAAAAUAAAGGCCUGAAUGUUGGUGACUGGGCCGGGUUGGCUGGUCUUAUGUAUGCCGACAUAUUUAGUUUAGACUUUUUGCAGCCUCUCGAUGAUACUGACACCAAAUUCAAGCUUGAACCACAUCCAGGAGUGGAUCUAACUCGUUAUACAGAAAUGGUUCACAGCACUGAACUAGGUGGUGUCAAUGGAUUAGAUCUACUGGGCGCUAUUUAUGCGCCACGAGGUAACAUACAAGUACAGAGUCCGUAUCUCGAGGUCUCGUACUUUAAUCCGCGAGCCAAGCAGGCUAGCAACAGCCGCAAGCCGGAAAAAAGAUGUGAGACAAGUUUAUUGACAUCGCCAAGAUCAAGACGUAAAACUAACUCGGGAUUAUCCGUUAGUGAUGGACGCUGGCAGCCAUGGAAACGUGAAAUACGUCCUUACAGUGCUGAAAAACUAGUAAUACCACUUCCCAUACCACAUCCAGCUCAUAUUGCCGUAAAUAUUCAUAAUCGCGACUCCGAAGACCCUAUUGAUCUUGACUCUGAGCUCUGUCAAAAUAUUCUGAGAGCUAUCGAGGAAUCACCGGGUGAAAUGGCUACCGAGUGCGUUGGUCGCUAUCGCGGGGGUGGUGGUGAUUCAAGCUUCGACUCUGUUGCUUCCCAGUCAUCAGUGUCGCUUGAGACCGGCCUAGACACUGCGGAAGUUCUACAAGAGGGCGAGAUCAAAGGCGAAAGUGAAACCUACCACUGGACACUUUCUAAUUGGGGCGGCGGCAUGGCCAGACGUAGAAACAAUUCGGGAUCUAUUAAAGUUGAUCUUGCGUCACCGGAAGACGUUACUUUGGACACUGAUACCACUCGGGUGAUGUUCAGCACUUACGGUACGACCGUUUAAAAUUUUGACGUUCAAUGCUUCCCCAUGAUAUCAUUUUAAAUUAUUAAUUUUUUUUUUUUUUUACUUAUUUUUUUUAAGUGACUCGUGUAUUCGUUAAUUUUUUUUUUAGUUUAUUUAUAAAAUUAUGAUAAAUGAGGGCUCAAGAUGUUGAUAUUACAGUGGCUCGAACUUUGUUUUAUAAUUUUUUUAUAUCAAGACAGUUAGAUAUUUUAGCGAAGGUUAUAAACAAGUAAUUUAUGUAUCUAUGGAUGUUGUUAAACAAUUUAUUAUGAGGGAAAUUCAUUUGUUUAAUAUUUCACUUGCCAUAACAUGUAUGCGUUUUCAUUCUGUGCAAAUUAGAAUGUAGCGAAUUGUGUUAUGAAUACAAUAUAACAAAAAAAGAACAAUUAAGCGAUUAAAAUUAAUCUAUUUUCUAAGUUUUAUUAUUUUUUUUUAAUUUAUUUUCAUUCUUAUAAUAAUAAUAAAAAUUGAUAAUUAUGUUUAAUAUAAUAAAAUAAAUGCUGCAUUUAAAAUUAGACGCACACAUGAUUUUUUAAAAAAUAAAUUGGAGCUCGCGAAUAGAAUAUUAGCAGAGAAUCAAAAUUGUACUCUAGAUAUCAGCUAGAAAUCAUUUAAUUUAUAAUUUUAAAAAAGCUGCUUGAACAAUUAAUCUAUUUAAACUAUAAA